ACAGAGUGGGGCUAGACAGGACGUACUUCUGCUUGUCCCCGUCUUUAUCAUUCUUCCUCGUCGAAUUCGUGGUCCGGUUGACGGGCUUUCAACAUAUCCACAUGGCUCUUCUAUCUCUACGUUUGGCCUCUUCUUUGGCGAGGCAAUUGCCAAAUGCUACGAUUCAGGUCAAUUGGCCUGCUGUCACAGUUACAUCUCGUAAAUACCAUGUAUCCUGCAGUCGCCGUUCUGCAGAAAUCUCUUCCAUUCUGGAAGAACGUAUCCUUGGCUCUGCUCCAAAGGCUAAUCUUGAAGAAACAGGCAGAGUACUGAGUAUUGGUGAUGGUAUUGCUCGUGUCUAUGGUUUAAAGAAUAUUCAGGCAGAUGAGAUGGUGGAAUUUAGCUCAGGCCUGAAGGGUAUGGCAUUGAAUUUGGAACCUGACAAUGUUGGUGUUGUCGUCUUUGGUAAUGAUAGGCACAUCAAGGAAGGAGAUGUUGUAAAACGUACUGGAGCUAUUGUGGAUGUUCCUGUCGGGGAGGAAUUAUUAGGACGUGUUGUUGAUGCUUUGGGUAAUCCCAUUGAUGGUAAAGGACCAUUAAAUAGCAAACUGAGAUUCCGUAUUGGUACCAAAGCCCCAGGUAUCAUUCCUAGAGUAUCCGUAAGGGAACCUAUGCAAACUGGAAUUAAGGCCGUGGAUUCUUUGGUACCUAUUGGUAGAGGACAGCGUGAGCUGAUUAUUGGAGACAGACAGACUGGAAAAACUGCCCUUGCCAUUGAUACUAUUAUCAAUCAAAAACGUUUCAAUGAUGGUGGUGAAGAAAAAAAGAAAUUAUAUUGUAUUUAUGUUGCUAUUGGUCAAAAGAGAUCUACUGUUGCUCAAAUUGUCAAACGAUUGACCGACAGUGGAGCUAUUAAUUACACUAUUAUCGUUUCCGCUACCGCAUCCGAUGCUGCUCCCUUACAGUACUUGGCACCGUAUUCCGGUUGUGCCAUGGGAGAAUUCUUUAGAGAUAAUGGAAAACACGCUUUAAUUAUUUAUGACGAUUUAUCGAAACAAGCUGUUGCCUAUCGACAAAUGUCUUUGCUACUAAGGAGACCACCAGGUCGUGAAGCGUAUCCUGGUGAUGUAUUUUAUCUUCAUUCGCGUCUUUUAGAGCGAGCUGCCAAAAUGAAUGAAAGUUUAGGUGGUGGUUCUUUAACUGCAUUACCUGUCAUUGAAACUCAAGCUGGUGAUGUAUCUGCCUAUAUUCCAACCAAUGUCAUUUCUAUUACUGAUGGUCAAAUCUUCUUGGAAACUGAAUUGUUCUACAAAGGUAUCCGACCAGCUAUUAAUGUUGGUCUCUCUGUAUCCCGAGUCGGAUCUGCUGCUCAGACCAAGGCUAUGAAGCAGGUUGCUGGUUCCAUGAAAUUGGAAUUGGCUCAAUAUCGUGAAGUAGCUGCUUUUGCACAGUUUGGAUCUGAUUUGGACGCUGCAACUCAACAAUUGUUGAAUCGUGGCGUGAGAUUAACGGAGCUUCUGAAGCAAGGCCAAUAUGUUCCCAUGGCCAUUGAAGAGCAGGUUGCAGUUAUUUACUGUGGUGUCCGUGGUUACCUUGACAAAAUGGAACCUUCGAAAAUCACUGUUUUCGAGAAAGAAUUCCUUGGUCAUAUUAGGUCUACGCAACAAGAUCUCCUAAGUACUAUUGCAAAGGAAAAUACUAUCAGCGAAGCAUCCGACGCUAAAUUAAAGAAGGUCGUCACUGACUUCCUUACAUCAUUCUCAUCGUAAAUGAUUGUUAAACACAUUUAAGUAUCAGUAUAGACAAUUAAAUGAACAUUCUUUACUAAGCAAGUUCAGUGCUCAGAUGAAAUACAUUGAUAUAAAAGUGUCACCAAUGUAUAUCGUCUUCUAAUGAUAAAUGUUAUUAACAAUUCCAAAUCCAUGCAAUAAAUGGGAUAGUCGUAAUACACAAUAGGAAAAUAUAAUUUCAGUAAAAAUGAAUUUACUAUCUCUGUUAUGAUUUAAAUAUACUUCUCUUGAGAAAUAUUUAUGAAAUUAUGAGAAGUUUUAUAAUGAUAUAAAUAAUAAAAUUCAGAUUUUUUUUCAGAA